AGUAGUCCUGGUGUAAGCAGGGUGUCAUGUGAUAGUGUAUCCGUUAGCAGCCAAGAGCAGACACACACAGCUCCAAUCCGGAUUCUUCACUUUUAAAACGCUUUGAAACGGUUCGGAUCCGGUUCUACAGCCCCUGCAGGAGAAGCUGGAGACACACUGAGCCCAUGGGGUGCUGUUACAGCAGCGAGACGGAGACCAACGACCAGGAAGGGGAUGAGAACAAGCCUCUGAUUCCGCGUCCCAACCCAGACAGUAAACCGCCCAAUGGGACAGAACGAACCCCACCAGGGCUGUCCUCCACACGCACUGAUGAACAGGCCCUGCUCACCUCCAUCCUCACCAAGACCGCCAUGAACAUUAUAGAUGUAUCGGCUGCAGAUUCUCAGGGUAUGGAGCAGCAUGAGUACAUGGACAAAGCCAGACAGUACAGCACUAAACUGGCAGUAUUGAGCAGUACUCUAUCUCAGAAGAAGCCGGCCCCUCUGCCCUCUCUCACAAGCCAGCCUCACCAAGUGCUCGCCAGUGACCUGGUGCCCUAUUCCGACGUCCAGCAGGUGUCGAAGAUAGCAGCAUACGCUUACAGCGCCAUCUCCCAAAUCAAGGUGGACGCCAAAGAAGAUCUUGUGGUGCAGUUUGCAAUUCCGUGAUUCAAAUCAUCCCUUACCCCAGCCCCCCUUCUUUCUCUCUUUCUCUCUUACCCACUCUCUCUUUCUUUCUAUCUUAACCUCCCACCACCCUAAAAGCUAACCCAGCCAGCAGGAGAUGAGCCCGCCUCUUUGCUGACCCUCGCCCAAUCAGACGCACAGUUUCUCCAGAGACCUCCCCCUGCAGGAAUGCCCUGCUUCAUAUGCGCUUUUGGACUGUCCGACAGUGAGUUACGAUCACCUGGCCGGAUGAGCUGCAUGCUAACAGAUCAUCUGGCCUCACCUCACCCUCAAAUCCGGAUCAUAAUAAACGCUUCGUGUUGUGUUCUGCUGGGAACACCCUGCCGGUUGUUUGUGUUUAUGAUGGGUGCGGUUCUGCGUUCUUGUCUAGACUGAUGAAAUCUGCCUUGGAGGUCCAGUCUGUGCUUUCACUGCUCAGACUCUUCAUAAAAAUGCUUGAGCUUUUGUUUUGCCCCUCAACCCUGGCAUGUCUGGUCUCCAAACUUUUAACUGCUGCAUUAAUUUAAGGUUAAUAUAACCGCAAAAUGCCCCAACAUUUAUUCUAGCUCACACCCACAAUCAGUUUAAGACUGUAAAAGUUUCCAGCUACACAGCGAUAGCUUUGUUUGUUUUAAAAAAAACUCACACUGGCACUUAUGGUAACAACAUCAGCAGGUCUCCGAGACCUUACAGAAGACCUGGAUUCUGAUUUAGGUGACUGUUGAUUUUUAGCGUUUUCAGCCUUAAUUAGCACACGUAGAUCUGAACUAUAGAAGCAGCGUUUUGAGACCCAGCAUGUUUUGGUUGAUGGACUAGAGCCAGAGUCCAAGGAAAAUUGUGUAUUUCUUUGGAUUUUUUGGGAAACUAGUCCUUUCAGCUAGUGGUUUAAUGAGGGGCAUGUUCCUCCAGCACAGAGUGUAUAAACAGAUCCCAACUGAAAGCUGUAAGGGUUAAAGGUCCUGCGGUCAGACAGACCGGUAGAUUGUUGCUUGGUUGUGAACACUACGUCGCUCACAUGAUCUCAAAUUAUUUUGUUUUUUUGUUUGUUUUUCGUUGUUUUGUUUUUUAUUCACACAAUUACUAUUGAUCAGUUGAGACAAAAGCAGGAUUGCUGUGUCUCAAAUAUUCACUCACACGAGCUUAAGCACCAGUAUGUAUUUAUUCUGACUGGCAGGACCUUUAUUAUUGAUCACCUCAAAAAUAUCACCAUAUUUCUCAAAAUACCGCCCUGCACUGCAGUGGAACUCCAGUAAGGAGGAGAGAGAGAAAUAGAAAGAAUGUGUGAUGCUCGCUUGACCAUUUAAGGAUGGAGGGCAGUGCUUUUGGAGAGGGGGGGAGGUAUCUAAAUUAUUUUGCUUCGUUUUUAUUGGUCUGUUCAUCAUGACAUUAUGAGUUGCUGAUGUUUACAAACAGAGUUUAAUAUCAUUUUAAAAAGGCCUGUCGUUUUACUUGGCCUCUGGAUUGUUCUAGAGCUGUCCUGUCAGGCUUGAGAUCUUGAAAACAGGAUGGGCAGGCCAUACCCUUGAUUAGAUUUUUGGCUUCUGCUUCUGAAAUGAAGCAGGAUAGAGGAAGGAGCAGAAUGGGCGGGGUCUAAGUCUGCAAUAGUUCUUUUCUAGUUCUGUAGAAGGAGUGUGACUGGGGCUGGGUUUGCAAUUAAUCCAGAAUAUUCUAGAUCAAAUAUUCUUUAAAAAAUUAUUAUUAUUUAAAAAAAACUCUUUUUUAAAUAACUUUGCCAAGGUUUCAAUGAUCAUGAAGUGGUGAGGGUGGGUUGCGGUUGAGUCGGUUGGGCGGUGGUGGGCCGAGAGCGUGUUUGGGGGGGUUGGUGGAUGUAUAAAGAGAUUUUAAUGGGUUGUUUGGGGAGGGGGAGGGAGUGGCGGUGGAGGGUGGGGGAAAUUUGUAAAUGAUGUUUGUGCCGAUGCCUUUAGUGCGUACUCUGAGGAGCGUAGAACGCGCCUCAGCUCAAAAAUCAGUGAUGGUUUUAUUCAGGAGGGAGCAGCGGGGUGACUUCCAAUCGUUUGAGGAUUUAUCUUAAAGUAGCGGUUCUAUAAAAAAAAAAGACUUGUCUCAGAUGUCCUCGAUCAGCCAAUCAGCGAUGUUUAUUGUUCAAUUUCUUUCUAAUUCUUUCUAAUUUUUAAUUUUAAUAAUAAUAAACACUAGGAAAUGAUACUAACUAAAAUUAUCUCUAAAAAACUUGCUCACACUUUUCUUAACCCACUUUAACUGCAUUUAACAUUUUCCUUUUUUAAGAUGGUUGUGAGCUGUUAAAAUGAGCAAACCUAGCUAACAUUGACAAGCUAAAUGUGAACAUUGAACACGCUGACUGAGGUCAACUACAUCUGAAAUAACAGGAAAAUUUAUAAAUUUGAUGUUUUUCUGAACCAUUCCUUUAAGCUCUACUUAACAUAUGUAAUAAAGCUCCGCCCCUGAACAGCAGCACUUUUAUCCCACAGUUUCAACUUUUAAACAAGCAGGUAAACACCAAAUAUCACCACAUCAGUUAUUCCUACCCCAGACUAACAUAUAAACACACCCACACACAGAGUUGUUUAAUGAGCGCAUAAAUGAGGAGGAGGAGUUCUGCUGUACUUUCUACAAUAAUCUGAAUAAUCAGCAGCAGAAUGUUUGUAAUUAUUUAUUUCUUUCAUAUUAUGGUAUUUAUGUUGGCUCUAGUCCGCAUGGUUCCGGUGCGUCAGAGCGCGCUUUCACUGGGUUAUGAAAGGGAUGAAAACGCUGCAGACGUUUGUCUUUGUUAUUAUUAUUAUUAUUUAGCUUUGUUGCAGUGUGCUAAUAAUAGUAUUGUUUAUUUUGCGGGUUCUUGUUUGUUACCUAAACAUGUACUACUACCUGAAUGACCCGUUCAGUUCUUAGGCUAGAACCAAAAAGUUUGAUUCAGAUUUUCUGUUAAUAUUUUUUUUUUUUUUUGAAAUGAUGAUAUUAAUGCAUUAAAGACUUUGAAAACUAGCAAA